CACAAGGUAACCACGCCCAAAAGCAUCCCCUGCUUUAUGGUCUAUUUGACUCUAAAUGGGACCAUAAUUUACUAAAUGAACAUCAUGCUGUAUUGAAGAAGGCAGACAGAAUACACUGGGCGGCAAGACAUUUCGUAAGCGCAUUUUUGGAAAAGGUUUCAGAGAAAAACAAGAAAGAUGCCCUUGCACAAUGUGACAUGACAUGAACUAAUCAUGAACAAAUGAACAAAUCAAACAAAUCUAUCGAGACAAAGUGAUGUUUUCAGUAAAUUCUGCGAUUUUAAACUCACCAUGAAAAGCGAUGAAAUUAAAGUGUAGCUGCAGGUUUAUGUUCAAGAGCAAGACAAUGUUUAUUGAUGUUUAAGUAGGAAGACUAAACUUAAAUUUAUACGAUGUUUUCUCAAUUGGCGGCUCUUGCAUGUAAGUUAGUGCAGAGUCUGUACUGGCGUAGACUUGUUGUCGGAGGGUUUUAUUGUCCACUUCUUCUCCACACUAACAGGUUUGGGAUGGCAAAGCCUCCAUGAACGUGGAUAGGACGAGAGUGUCAGGGAUUAAACUGGGACUGAAUCUUAUUUGUUGUCUUUCCUUCUUUGUCCAGAGCCAUCGCGAUGGCCUCGUCCUUCCUGCCCUGCGUCGCCCUCUGCAUUAUUGGAUCCAUUACCACUGUCCUCGCACUCCCGCCUACUGAGCCGCCACUGAUCCACGACCACCCCUUUCUGGCCAUCUGGAACGCCCCCACCGACCAAUGCCGACAACUCGACAUCCCUCUGGACACCGCGGCCUUCCAGGCGGUGACCACACCCGCUGCAGUGCCCGGUCAGUUCCUCACCAUCUUCUACGAGGACCGCCUCGGCCUCUACCCUAAAGUCGACACCACCCGACGCAAGCUCCAAAGAGGCGGAGUGCCCCAAAACGGCAACCUAACGGAGCACCUGGCCAAAGCCCAAAGUCAAAUUGAUAACUACAUCUCCCAGGAUUCCUCUCCUGGGCUGGCUGUCAUCGACUGGGAGUCCUGGCGCCCACUGUGGGACCAGAACUGGGGAUCAAAACGUAUUUAUAAGAAGCUGUCCAUCACUCACGCCCUGGAGAUGGCCCCGUUUUUGUCAUCGAAGAAAAUUUCCAAACUGGCAAAGAGCCAGUUCCAGCACGCCGGGCGGCGCUUCAUGGAGAAGACCAUCGGCCUCGGCAUCGGCGAGCGUCCGAGCCGCCGCUGGGGCUUCUACCUGUUCCCCGACUGCUUCAACUAUGGCUGGGAGAAGCCCAACUACACGGGGAAGUGCUCCGAAAAGACCCAGAAGCAGAACAACCAGAUGCUGUGGCUGUGGAAGCGCAGCACCGCCCUCUUCCCUUCCGUCUACCUCCACCAGACCCUGAGGAACUCCCCCAUGGCCACGCUCUACGUCCGCAACCGUGUCCAGGAGGCGCUGAGGGUGGCCGCUCUGCCUAAUCGUCCAUACACCAUGCCGGUCUAUGUGUACUCCAGGCCACUGUACCGGGACCAGACCCAGACGUUCCAGAGCCAGGCGGACCUGGUGAGCACUGUAGGAGAGUCUGCAGCUCUGGGAGCUUCAGGGGUCGUAAUGUGGGGAGGAACCAAAGACUACAACAACGCGGCUGCCUGUCAGUCUCUGUCCGAGUACCUGACGUCCACCUUCAACCCGUACAUUGCCAACGUGACUGCGGCCGCCAUGCUCUGCAGCGAGGUCUUGUGCCAGGGGAAGGGCCGCUGCGUCAGGAAGAACUACGACUCCGCCCACUACCUGCACUUGAACCCCGCCCACUUCAGCAUCGUGCGGGCUGACAGGAAGUACGUGGCCAUUGGUCUCCCAUCCGACGACGACCUAAAAGCCUGGGCCGGAAACUUCACCUGUCAGUGCUACGCGGGGGGGAGCUGUUCACCCAAGCUGUUCUAUCCGAACAAAAUCAAGCUCAUCUGGGUGUAACCUGUUCUCCUGCUGAUCCACAGAUUUCAAUACGUAGUCAUUAAAACUACUGUCUGAUGGAAUUAUGCCCUCAUCAGCAAUCUGCAUUCAUUUAAACAUUUAAUGUGGAAAAAAUUAUACAUUUUUGCAAGUUACAUAAUUAAAUGUGUCAGUCUUUCUCACGUCAGACACAAUACUGAUUUAUUUGAAUUGGAAAAACCAAAAGCUACCUUAAUAAAUGCUUUUCUGAAAACAA